AUACAACGUCGAAAACAAUUUAAUCAGCUUUAAUUAAUUACGAAUUAACCAAUUGAAGAGUCAAGGCACAAGCAGCAUCUCAAAGCAUGUAGAAAUUUUCCAAUCAGAGAAUAGGCAACUGUUAUUACGGAAAACAUCACUGACAUUUAUUCAUUUUGGCAGGGAAUCAAUCAAAAUCAAUUUGAAAUGAAUAGUCAUCCUGCACUUUUGUGCCUUGUAACCUUCUACUUCAAAUUUACAAAAAGAUAUAAAUGAAAACCAAAGUUAAAAUAUAAUCCAAACAAGAUGUCACUAUUAAAAGUAGUCGGAAAAAUACCACAGAAAACUAAUAUACUACUUUUGCUCAACAGACAUCUCAACCUAUUCGAAUACCAAUGCAAAACGCUCCUCGCUGAAAACGACUGCACCGUUGAACCCUUCUGCGUACUUGAACGUGGAAAAUAUGGCGGCAUUCAAAAGAUCGCCGCCCCCGCGUAUGUUGUCAAAGCGCAAAUCCUGCCAGGUGACAGAGGCCGAGGAAUAUUCACAAGCGGAUUUCGUGGUGGCAUUCAUAUCACAAAAAGUCGCCGGGAAGCAGUGGAAAUCGCGCAGAGAAUGCUUGGACAGACCUUGGUAACAAACCAGACAAGCGACAGAGGCGUCCCCGUCGACAAAGUAAUCGUGGCAGAAUGUUUACGAGCAAUAAAGCAAAAAUACAUUUGUUUUGCGCUUGAUCCGAUCCAUGGACCGUCGAUUUACGUCUCAGACGAAAGCAAUUUUUCCUUCGACGCUAAAGACGGCCUCUCAAAAAGUACCAAAGGUAAAAUGGCUGUGUACAGAGUAAGAUUAUCUAACCAACUACCCGAAGCUAUCAUGGACGCAUUGAUUACAAAGUUAAAUUUCGGUCAAGAUUUUACUUCUAAAGUGCAGAAAGAAAUAAUGAGUUUAUGGAAAGUCUUUCGAAAAUAUCACAUUCUCUACUUGGCUGUCAAUCCUUUAUCCCUAAGUACUCAUGGAGAUAUAGUUUGUCUUGAUGCGAAAAUAACAAUUGAUAAUGCAGCGUUAAAGCUGCCACACAUUGCAGCUUUACUGGCAGAUAUGAAAGACAAUCGCAGUUUAGAAGACAACCUCCAAGAUAAAAUAAACUACAUCCAUCUAGGUGGAAAUAUUGGUUGCAUAGUUAACGGCGCCGGAUUGGCAAUGGGAACAAACGAUUUACUCAACCAAUAUGGCGGCAAGCCAGCCAAUUUUUCCAACUUAAAUCUAACCAUAAACAGCAUUCAACCCAACGAAAAAGAUAACAUCCACAUCGCAAUUGAAGCAUUAACUAGAAACCCACGGAUCACUUCAAUCCUCGUAAAUAUAAACUGGCAUAACGACUGCACACAGAUUGCAACGUCAUUGCUGGAGACGAAGUUAAAGUUGCCUAUAGUGAUGCGGCUCAAGGGAAUCAACGACGAAGCUGCGUGGAAACAACUCGAGACUUCAACGAUGAAAAUCUAUCGUGUAAACGCCACAGAAGAAGCAGUACGGAAAGUAAUCGCUUUGUCUGAUGUCAGCUUACAAUUACUUCAUAAUAAAGUGAACUAAACUGAAA